ACCCACGCGCCUUGCUGCUCUCUGCCUCCGGCUAACUGCUAGACCAAAGGUAGUUCUCACCUGUGCGCCUCACCUGAGUGCGCGCACACCGGACUGGCAGCCCUUGCCGCCGGAGCACCCAACCCAGCUGCAGAGAGCCAGGAGGUGGGAUUACAACCCCGGGCAGCCUAUCGCCUGGCACGAUGCAAAGCCCCGGGGGUGGCGCCCGCUGGCCCGUGGCUUCUUAAUCGCAUCAUCUGCAACGGGGCUGCAACCAGAGCCAGGCGCAGACUCUGCUGCCCAGGAGGGAGAGGAGAGACGCACCAGGCGCAAACGAGGCGCAGGGACCACCCUCGACAUGUCAGAGCAAAGAUGGGUCCGGCUGUCCACCGAGGAGCCCACCAGCACCGUCUGUGUGCUGGGCACAGAGAUGUCCCUUGAUGUCUGCGGGGCAGCCCCAAGUGGCGCCACAGCCUUUGAUGUCUGGGGAACAUCUGGGGUGAACCUCUAUAUUAUCCACAAUGGGGAGGUUUUGAAGAUCCCCUCUUGUGUGCCGAAAUGGCCCCUUGAUUGUAAAGUCGAGGUGGUGGUCACGAUGGACCAGCCAAGCGCUGAAGUCAACGAGGACAAGGUCAGAAUUUCAUACUACAAGGACAACGGGAGGACACCAAUGGCAAAAGCUCUGCUCCACCUCACCUGUGUGGAAAUCUCCCUGGAUGCCGACACGAACCGUUCAGGAACCGUGCAGAGGAGAGCCAAGAAUAAGAAAAACUGGACGUGGGGACCCGAAGGCAAAGGAGCCAUCCUCUUGGUCAAUUGCGACAGGGACGAACCUCAAGAUAAAAUGGACAACGAGGACAAGAAGCUGGAAUCAUUUUUGGACCGCAGGGAUAUGUCGCUGAUGAUCCUGACAACACGUGGGCCUGAGGACAUUUUCGAGGAUCACCAGCUGGUCCUCCACGUCUCAGCAUCGGACGCCGACAAAGUGGGAGUCUUCCAUGCUCAGGGGAAAAGAAAGAAACUCAGUCAGCACACGCACGUCCUGGGUCAUGGGAAAUCCUCCUAUGUGGUGGAACCUUCCUGCGACGAAGAGGAGCACCAUUUCUAUGUGGAAGGGCUGGCCUUUCCUGACAUUGGCUUCUCUGGACUCGUGACAUUCCACGCCACUCUGCUAGAGGCCACCGCCAAGGCGCUUCCCGAGGCCCCAAUUUUUAACGACACUGUUGUCUUCCGCGUCGCUCCGUGGAUCAUGACCCCCAAUACCUUGCAGCCGAUAACGGUUUACGUCUGCAGUAUAAAAGGCAACGCAGAUUUCGUGGUGGAGAUCAGCAAGCUGUCCAAGAAAGCUGGCUGCAGAUUGAUCAUCUGUCCAGAAGCAGAAAAUCGAGGUGACCGCUGGAUCCAGGAUGAGAUGGAGAUCGGCUACACGCAAGCACCACACAAGUCCUUUCCCGUGGUCUUCGACUCCCCAAGAAAAAGAGAGCUGGACGGCUUUCCCUAUAAGGCAGUUCUGGGCCCGGAUUUUGGCUACGUGACCCGGAAGGCAGAAGGCAAAGGCAACAGCGUCUCCACUUUGGACUCAUUUGGGAACCUCGAAGUCAGCCCUCCAGUGACCGUCAGGGGCAAAGAGUACCCCCUGGGGAGGGUCAUCAUCGGGAGCGCCUUACCCAUGCCUCACGGGGACAAGAUGGUCAAAGUCGUGCGGGACUUCCUCUAUGCCCAGGAAGUACAAUCGCCCAUCGAACUGUAUUCUGCCUGGCUGCUGGUGGGGCAUGUGGACGAGUUCAUGUGUUUUGUCCCAGCCUCUGACAGGAAGGGUUUCCGCCUGCUUCUGGCCAGCCCCAGUCGCUGCUACAAGCUUCUGAAGGAGAAGGAGCAAGAGGGGUACGGCGAUGCCAUGAUGUUUGAUGGGCUAGGCAAAGACGACAAAGAAAUUUCAAUAACAGCAAUCCUGGCUGACAAAUCCUUGAGGAGCAUCAAUGAGUAUUGCCAGAAAUGCAUUGACUGGAACAGAGACCUCCUCAAAGAGGAGCUGGAACUGGAAGAGGAGGACAUCAUCGAUAUCCCCCAGCUCUUCACUCGCUCUUCUUACAGCCCCAGCAAAGCUGUUGCUUACUUCCCGGACAUAGUGAACAUGCUUGUUCUGGGAAAAUACCUGGGCAUCCCAAAGCCCUUUGGACCCAUCAUCCAUGAGCAGUGCUGCUUGGAAGAGGAGGUCCGCCGUCUGCUGGAGCCACUGGGGUUGUCCUGCACCUUCAUAGACGACUACGAAACCUACCACAAGGAUCUCGGCGAGGUCCACUGUGGCACCAACGUCCGACGCAAGGCCUUUUCCUUCAAGUGGUGGAACAUGACCCCUUGAGCGUGGAGAGAUCCACAACCUGCCCUCCUUGCAGGCGAGGAAGAUGCCAGGGCAGCUGCUGUGUAGCUUACGCUUAGCUACGGAAUCGUCACUUUCCAAGGAACUGCUUACGGUUCCUGUCUUGCCCAGGACUUUUGAUUAACUUCAAGGGCCGAGCUGGUUGCUCACCCUCUUUUUCACGCUCCUACCAGGUCCACCCACGCAUUUCAUUCCCCCGGUAUGUUACUCUGCAGUCUGAGCCAGAUGAAGAGACCAGGUUUGCUGCUCAGGAACAAGCCAGGCGUUCAAACGAGAUCACAGAUCUCUAGCCUGUUAUCUUUUAAAGCUGGGAUUUUUGGGGAGGACGGAAAGGGGCUUGAGUGCCCGUUUUUAGUGUAAGGCAGGUCAGAGACACAGAGCCAGUUCUAAGUUACGCAGCAUGCAAUCCUUCAAAGACCCAGGUUUAGGGGCGACGCACUGGGCAGGGGGUCAGUCCAAAAAUUUCUGUGCCAAGGAUCUCCCCCCCCCCCGCCCCCGUGGCACUGUGAAGAGGCUACACCUCUCUAAGCCUUAGCAGAAUAAGGAGUGUGAAAAGCAUACAUUUCUUUGUUUUUUAAAAAAUGAAUUGAUUAUGCAUUCUAUACCUCUAUUUUUGAUUAUUGCAAAACAAGGCGCGCAAAUGUUUUUCGCUUGCAUUUUAAGGAGCGUUUGAAUAAACUUGUGGAGAAAAGUUGA